UAAUGUCAGAUAAAUAGCAUCGGUGAGCCGUAUAACACCUUUUUCCUUGCAUACUAGUAGUUUCUUUGUCUGUUUGCCAGAAAAAGCGACGGGGAGGGGAGGAUAAGUGGACGGAUAGACUUAUCCAACUCUGCUGUAUAUCAUCAAGCAUUUUGAAGCUGGUGAGGGUGCAAGAUUUGAUUGCAAAAAAAUUAACUUAACUUCGCCUCCACAAGGAUUAUCCAAAGCUCAGCGACCGUGCACUAACACUCACGUAUGUGUAUAGUGAUUUACACGUACAAAUAUUUUAACUGAUAUAAUAAGCAGUUAAACCAAACGAAGGUUCAACCUAGAGAGAAGCCGUCCGUGAACUGGUGUUCUAAGAAGAAAUUUUCUUCUUGAUACUGCUGGGUUAAACAUGGAAAUGCCAAAUUUUAAGAAAACCGUGGAUUUACAAAAUGGCGCAGGUACACUACAUGAAACCUCGGCACAAGAAAGAACUCACUCUGGAGUGAAACCAUUCAAAUGUCAGUAUUGUGAAAAGAGUUUUAUUACCAAAGGUAAACGUACAUAUCAUGAAAAGACACACACUGGAGAAAAACCUCAUAAAUGCCAGCAUUGUGAAAAGAGAUUUCUUGAGAAAAGGGGAUGUAGAGACCACGAAAGGACCCACACUGGAGAAAAACCAUUCAAAUGUCAGUAUUGCGAAAAUAGUUUUAUUACAAAAAGUUUAUGUACAAGACAUGAACGGACACACACUGGAGAAAGGCCAUACAAAUGCCAGUAUUGUGAAAAGAGCUUUAAAAGCAGACAUGGAUGUGUACUUCAUGAAUGGAACCACACACUUCGUAAUGAAGCAGAAGUGAAAAAGGAAUUGAAAGAUGAUGUUGCUCCAGGAGAACGACCUGUUAUAUACCCUGUUGCAAUGUUUAGAAACGUUUUUGCAGAUGCUGAUCAUUUUGUGGCUGAAACCGAUUUGGAGUUACAAAAUGGCGCGGGUAUACUACAUGAAACCUCGGUACAAGAAAGAACUCACUCUGGAGUGAAACCAUUCAAAUGUCAGUAUUGUGAAAAGAGUUUUAUUACGAAAGGUAAACGUACAUAUCAUGAAAAGACACACACUGGAGAAAAACCACAUAAAUGCCUGCAUUGUGAAAAGAGAUUUCUCGAGAAAAGCGCAUGUAGAGACCACGAAAGGAUCCACACUGGAGAAAAACCAUUCAAAUGUCAGUAUUGUGAAAAAAGUUUUAUUACAAAAAGUUUAUGUACAAGACAUGAACGGACACACACUGGAGAAAGGCCAUACAAAUGCCAGUAUUGUGAAAAGAGCUUUAAAAGCAGACAUGGAUGUGUACUUCAUGAAUGGAACCACACACUUCGUAAUGAAGCAGAAGUCAAAAAGGAAGUGAGAGAUGAUGUUGCUCCAGGAGAAGGACCUGUUAUAUACCCUGUUGCAAUGUUUAGAAAUGUUUUUGCAGAUGCUGAUGCAUAAUGUCUAGGAAGACAUAAAUUGAUAUCUAAGACAUUUGAGAUGCACUGAUCUAACUUAUUAGUUGUAAGUUCUCAUACAUUAAGAUAUGGGUAAAGAAUUUAAUGUGAAAAAACAGUGAUUCAUCGCUUGGCUUCUUGUUGAUAGAGAAUUAACUGAAGUAUCAGAUGAGAUUUCUUUCAUUUUCAAGUCAUCUAUUUUUUAAACCUAAAAACUGAUCUAUGUCAUAGUGUAUACAUUAGAAAAUAAGGAAGGACGUUAAUAACGGAAUAUUACAAUAACAGAAAAUUGAUUACAAGACUUGAAUGAUUAUAUGAAUAUUAAGACAAAAGGAUGAGAAUGGUCAUAACUACAUUUCCGAGAAAACCUCGGCCCAGGCAUGAGCGAUAGGAUUAGAACCUUGGGUCUUAAAUUGUAAAUUUUGUGGGAGGGAUGCUCUGAACACUGCUUUUAUUUCCCAAUAAUUCAACGAAUUGAGCAGUGCCUGUACAAAAGAUUAUGGUGCAUUAUUUAUCUGGGAUUAAGACAAAUUCCCAGUUUCAAAGGCUUUAUUGGGUUUUGGAUUAAAUGUACCUUCUCGUCAUAUGCAACAUUUGCGCAUGUAUAAAAUUUUGUCAGUAAUUACUGCUACAAAAAAUAUAUGUUAAGGAAUCAAUCUUUUCAAUGAGGGAAGACUAAUAGUAUUUCACAUGCCAUAGAAGGAGAAAAGUUUUAAAAAUCAUCAAAAGAUAUAUCUAUUUAUAGCAUCUGUAGUGCUUUUUUCCUUAUACAACAGAACUGUAAGGUAGUCGCUGUUUAGUGGUUUUGUUGAUAUCAUUAAAGAGGAAUGUUAUAACUUUAAAAAAUGACUUAAUACAAUACCUGUAAAAUUCAUAAUUUUU